UUCCAGGGCUAAAAAGGCAUCCAUCCAUCCUUCCAGGGCUAAAAAGGCAUCCAUCCUUCCUUCCAGGGCUAAAAAGGCAUCCAUCCUUCCUUCCAGGGCUAAAAAGGCAUCCAUCCUUCCUUCCAGGGCUAAAAAGGCAUCCAUCCUUCCUUCCAGGGCUAAAAAGGCAUCCAUCCUUCCUUCCAGGGCUAAAAAGGCAUCCAUCCUUCCUUCCAGGGCUAAAAAGGCAUCCAUCCUUCCUUCCAGGGCUAAAAAGGCAUCCAUCCUUCCUUCCAGGGCUAAAAAGGCAUCCUUCCAUCCUUCAUCCCCAGGGCUAAAAAGGCAUCCUUCCUUCCUUCCAUCCUUCAUCCCCAGGGCUAAAAAGGCAUCCAUCCUUCAUCCCCAGGGCUAAAAAGGUAUCCAUCCUUCCUCCCAGGGCUAAAAAGGUAUCCAUCCUUCCUCCCAGGGCUAAAAAGGCAUCCAUCCUUCCGUCCAGGGCUAAAAAGGCAUCCAUCCAUCCUUCCAGGGCUAAAAAGGCAUCCAUCCAUCCUUCCAGGGCUAAAAAGGCAUCCAUCCUUCCUUCCAGGGCUAAAAAGGCAUCCAUCCUUCCUUCCAGGGCUAAAAAGGCAUCCAUCCUUCCUUCCAGGGCUAAAAAGGCAUCCAUCCUUCCUUCCAGGGCUAAAAAGGCAUCCAUCCUUCCUUCCAGGGCUAAAAAGGCAUCCAUCCUUCCUUCCAGGGCUAAAAAGGCAUCCAUCCUUCCUUCCAGGGCUAAAAAGGCAUCCAUCCUUCCUUCCAGGGCUAAAAAGGCAUCCAUCCUUCCUUGUAAAAAUGUGUUGAAUGGGUGUUUUGUGUGUAGAGGAGGAGCAAACAAAUAAUUGUAAAGUAUGUAAUGGCAGUGUUUUAAUUUAUUUUUGAAUUGAUGUACGCAAAAUGUAUCAAGGAUCAAUUACAAUGGGAACCAUUAGCAGACGCAUGUUUUCACUACGAUCUCUUUAGGCUGGUAACACCCACCGAUGGUCUCCAUGGAAACGUCGUCCACCACACUGAAGGGGGAAAAGUAUCAGCAGUAACGCUAACGUUAGUUCUCUGACCUUAACCAAGACAUACUAUACAAUCUGACAAAAUUGGUUAUUAUGAACCAAUUUCAGAAUUUGAUAAAUGACUGUCUUAUCGAUACAAAACACGUGGAAAGCGCUGUCAUUCUGGUUGCCAAGACUGCAGCAGUAACUGCCGCAUCUGCAAGGUUUCAGGUUCUUCCCACACAAGCCCAGAUUUUCAUAGACUCUUUCAAGCACAUGACAUUGACCAGAGAGCGGGGCUUCUACUUCCAAGACAAAGCAUACACCUGUGUCCGAGCUGACAGGAACUCCAUCUACUGCAAAUGUGGAACACAUGGCUUGAUUCUUGUGAAGACUGCUCUGUACAUUAUAGUGGCCACAUACAACGACAGCAUGUAUCCUAGCGUGUGUGUGGAGGCUGUCGAGAAACUAGGUAGGGGGAUGUUGGUGCUUCUAACAGCAUACAAGCUUCAACAGCUUUCAACUGCAGGUUUUAAAGGUGAUGGAUUAUUGACUGUGUAUUAUUUACAAAUCAGAUAUGAGGGAUAUUUGUUUUAUGUGUUUGACUAAUAUGUAAUAUCAUGAGCUAUAUGCAUUUCAGCUGUGUACCUCAAGGAUAAGGGGAAAUGAAGCACGAACUGAGGAGGAGCAGCAUUCUGAUGGAUGAAACUGAUGAAGUGGACUGGUCAAAAACAGUUGCCUACAGGUCCAUGUUAGGCCACCUGCUAAGGAGGACAAACAUGUUUAGGAGAAAGUCAGUGUGCGUUUGUUUUCUUUCUAUGAACUUGCCCCUGUCCCCUCUCACAGUAUACAGGUUUAACCACUAGGUGGUAGUAAAUAGUAAUUAACCCAGCUACGUGGUCCAAGAACAGAUUUGAGUGCAGAGAACCUCUUAGAACAGGGAUUAUGACCAACCAUGUGUAACAGUAUAACUUUAAACCGUCCCCUCGCCCCGACACGGGCGCGAACCAGGGACCUUCUGCACACAU